AUGCUUGUACCAAUAGGGGCGUGUUUUUCCGUGUUAUAUCUACUCUGCUCUGUGCUUGGUGCGGAUGUUCCCUCUGGACUCGUGCUAAUGGCCAUGGAGCGCGAAGGCUCUACUGACUAUUUCAUCCAUUUGGAUCUCGGAAGCCCACCUCAACGGCAAUAUUGUAAAGUUGAUAUGGGCAGUAGUGACAGUUUCUUUAUUUCCGGCGACGGAGCUUCUACUGCAGCUGGAGGGGACACUAUUGUUGACCCUUCGGAAGUCCCGUUCAACCCAAACAAAUCGAGCACACUUUUUUAUUACCCUGCAACUUUUUCGUUCGAGAGCUUUUAUUUCAAUGUGAGCGGGGUAUUUGUAGCGGAUGAUAUUAGUGUGCAGACACAAACGUCCUAUAGCCCUGCUCAGGGUGAGGUCACGAACAGUAGCACCCAGCUCACAAACAUGACCUUCGGUUUAAUCGAAGACGAGGGUUAUUUAUUGAGAUCUUGUCUAGUCGGAUUGGGGUUACAGGGUGGCGAACUAUCUAUCAACAGCAUGGAAAAUGGCAAUGCGAGCCCGGUAUAUGACAACCUCCCCAUCUUGAUGAAGAAAAGCGGACUGGUAAAUAGGGUGUCAUACUCGGUUUAUUUGAGCCAAGACGUUGACAAUCCCAGCUUUAUUCUUUUUGGUGGGGUGGAUCAUUCAAGGUACCAGGGCAAUUUAUCUACAGUUCCUCUUGUAGACUAUGCAACUGACGCAAGCCUGGGGCAGCAGUUUAUUUCACAGCCUACUGACUUUCAGGUUGUUCUGAGUGGGCUCACAGUUUCGAACGGUGCCAAGAGCAUUGAUGUCGUGCAAGACGCUCGAAUUCCCAUCAAUGUUGCUUUCGGGACUAAUACGUCGAUGCUACCUACCAGCAUUGGCUCACAGAUAGCACGAAUUUUUGGGAUGGUGUAUCAAAAUGCCACUAAGUCCUAUUGGAUGCCAUGCGAUCGCCUCGGGGAUUUAACAUUCAACUUCAACGGAGCUCUCAUUACUAUUCCGCUUGAAAAUUUUGUUGAAACUCAAAGCAGUGUUAAACUGGAAGACGGCUCGCAGGGUUGUAGAGUUCUCAUGGACACUCAGGAGGACCCUAUCUGGGAAAUUGGAAAUGGAUUUUUCGGUGGUGCUUACGUCUACGUUGAUUUGGAGAGUUUUGAGGUCUCAUUUGCGCCAGCAAUUUAUGGCGAUCUUGAGCCCAUCUACGAGAUUGCAUCUGCCGGCGGUAACAUCACGAAUGCGACGAGGGCACCCCUGUACGAUGACGCAGGUUUGAACAAUAACUUUAACAUCUCAACAAACAACCAGACAUUUUAUUCAGUUGUUGCUUUUUCAAGCGCAACUAAGGUGGGUGCCUACACUCCGGCCGCUCUGCUUGCAUUCAUUUGGAUUCUGCUAUGCUGA